CGGUCGAUCUGCCACUGUUCCCGACGUCUCCCUUCAAGUCCCCUUUUGCUCAUCCGUCAAGUUCACUCUCAAACGAACCAACAAAUCUGACCCCCUUGGCUGAUUGAACACUAGCACAGCGCUCUUGAGCAGACUGUGGCACGUGAUCGGGCCCAAUUCUCAUAUUCUUUGACUUUUUUACAUUCCGAUCUCACCUUAUUCGCCUCUCAUGAUUCUAUCUGCAUUUCCCCCCCCUUAAGACACCCAUCAACCCAACCAACUCCACGUGACCAUUUAUACACAACCCCUUCAUCCUCAAAGCUUGUCAUGAGAAAUGACAUAAAAACAACGAUGCCAACCCACUACGAGGUCCUUUCACUCUCCCAAGCAGCCGUUUCCUCAGCAGACGACCCUGCCGGCCUAAUCAAGCGGGCCUACCGUCGCGCCCUGCUCUCCCACCACCCAGACAAGACCAACAAGCAUCACCAGAACACAACAUCAACAGCAACAGCAACAGCAACAGCUCCAAGCACAAGACCAACCUUUACAAUCGACCAAAUCUCCACCGCCUAUGCAACCCUCUCCCGCCCUUCCCAGCGCGCAGCCUACGACCAGUCCCUCCUCCUCGGCAACACAGACAACGGCACCACCACUAAUCAAGGGCAUCAUAGCCAGAGCGAAAAUCAGAGCCAUCACAGGCAGGAUUUCCAAACGGGGAUCGAGACAGUCGACCUGGACGAUCUCGCCUAUUUCGAAGAGGAUCACGACAGUAAACGAGGAGACCAAGAAGCGGAAGAAGAAGGAGGAGGAGGAGGAGGAGGAGGAGGAGGAGGAGGAGUGGGGUGGUACUACCGGGCCUGCCGGUGCGGCAAUCCGCGCGGGUACCUGUUUAGCACCGACGACCUGGAGGAGGCGGCCGACGUGGGCGAGCUGAUGAUUGGCUGCGCGGAUUGCAGUCUCUGGUUGAGGGUGCACUUUGCUGUUGUCGAGGAGGAGGACGAAGGUAACGAGGGUGGUGGUAGUGGUGGCGAUCAACAGCAGCAGCAGCAGGAUGUUGGGAAUGAGAACGGGAACGGGAACGGGACCGGGGGUUGUUGAGGGCCGUCAAAUGAGAGGGAGAUGGAGGACGAACAGCUGGAAAGCAGGGGCACAGUGAUGAUUCUAUGCUUCCUUGUGGUGUUUAUAUGUGGCCUCGACCGAGUUGAAAGCAGCAUUGCUGUAUUUCGAUUACGACUGCAUUGUAGCGUCCUGGAUAGACAGAUACCCCAGAACAUCUACUUUUAUACUUAUCAUCUCGAAU